AUGUCGCUUUCGAGACCAACUACCCCGAUAGGGGAUAGAAGACAGACCAAUAGACGUCAUCUGAGAAGAUCGUCUGGUAUUCCACUACCAUCGCAAUCACCACAUCAUUACCCAGUUGAUGCUGACAAUCUACCCAUGGACUGCCCUGAAAUUCAAAACAAGUUCAAGGAUAUUGCAGAUGGGUUGGAGGAUCUAGAUGUAAAUGUCAGAGAUUUAAAUCAUAUACACAAUGCUGUUGCCAGUCAAUUCAACGAAUCAUUUGCCAGCUUCUUGUACGGGUUGUCAAUUACGAUGUGGUGCGUUGACCUUCCCAAAUGCCCGUCACGGAAAGCCUGGCAAAAAUUACAAAUGAGAAAGAGGAAGAAAGAGCAAAUUGCCAAAGUCAGGAAAGAAAUUGAAGGAGCCGAAAGAUUGAAUGCAGAGUUGAAGGAAAAAGUAGCCAAAGAAACAAGGCCGAUUAUGUAUUCACGUCCAAUGGGCACGCAACUACCAAAAAGAGCCCGACCUAAUAAUGAAAAUGCCAAGCCUGGCAUCAACCUCAACAAGCCAAGUGCUCCCGCAACACGAGUUUCUAGGAUCCCUCAGCCUGUGUCUGGGAUGCUAAGAACACAACCAGGACAAACUAUAUCACGUAAUAAUGCCCCAAACUUGGACCAGCCACCAAGAUACAUGCGAGGACUAUUCAACAAUGGAGUGCAGUCAACUCCAAUAGGGCCAAAUAGCAGAGUACAAAAGCCACAAAGAGCUCAACACUCGGGUCGAAGACCCCCAUUUAGAUGA